GAGCACCAGCUGUUGCCCCGCGGCUCCGUCCCGCCGAUCCCGGCCGUCCGAUGACAUGAUCCAUCCAGACGUGCACGCUCCGCGCAGCUUAGCGGCGUGCGCCGCUACGGCGGGCGGCCGGCUGCCUAUAUAUGCGAUACACCACCACGAGUCCACGAUCGCUGGGACAGGGCCGGCAGCCUCCAAAUUCAUCCAUUCAUUCCUUCCCUGCACACCCCACCGCUUGUCAGCAAACUAGCCGCCCGUGAGCUCGCCCCCGACAUCCAAAGCGGCCGGCCGGACUAGCCAGGGACCGGCCCGGCGUAGGUACCGACCGCCCUCACAGCACAGGCGCCCAUGGCGGCGCUCCUCCUCGUGGCGGUGGCGCUGGCGUCGUCGGCGCCGCCGAGCGGCGCGCAGCAGCUGCCGCCGGCGCCGGCGGCGGCUCCGUCGGGCUCCGGCGGCGGGACGAUCGACCCGGCGUGCAUGACGUCGCUGCUCAACAUGUCGGACUGCCUGUCGUACGUGACCAAGGGGAGCGCGGCGCGGCGGCCCGACGCGCCGUGCUGCCCGGAGCUGGCGGGGCUGGUGGGCUCCAACCCGGUCUGCCUCUGCGAGCUCCUCUCCGGCGCCGCCGACUCCUACGGCAUCGCCGUCGACUACGCCCGCGCGCUCGCGCUCCCGGGGAUCUGCCGCGUCGCCACCCCGCCCGUCUCCACCUGCACAGCCAUGGGGUAUCACGUCCACGUGGGCCCAGCCGCAGCGCCCAUGUCAGGCUCCCCGUCGCCCAUGUCAGGCAUGGCUCCCUCCGGGGAGGGCCCAGUGUUCCCAGGGACGUCGCCGGUCGCCUCGCCGCCGUCCUCGACCAGCCACGCGGCGCGCCGCUCCUCCUCCGCCGGCGGCAUCCACCUCGCCGCCCUCGCCGCCGCCGCCACCCUCAGCAGGAUGCUCUAGAUGAGGAGGGGCUGUAGCUCUACAUGCCGCUGCUGCUUCGAUGAUCAACAUUCCUUUGUCUCAACUCGAUCAACAUUGUCCGCACAUUGCAUACAUAGUACAUGCUGCUUGUUGGUUGUUAUAAUGUUAUUAUGCUCUGCACUGGCGCACUGCUACCUGCUAGCUGCUGUACACUGUGGGGGCUCGUGCGGCAUGUGUUCUUUGGGCUGCUGCUGGGACGGUUACCGUUUCGAUGUGCUGAUGUGCAGUGGCAGUGACACAUAACCCCUUGGAUUCCUUCA